AUGGGAGCAUUAUUACCACCCAAGACCAUACAAUCGUUACCGAAAGAAAUCUUACUACGCAUCUUCGAAUUUGUAUACCAGGCGUCGUGUUCAAGCGACUUUGACUCUCCCAGCCACUUUGCAGACCCUACUCUUUUCCCAGCAUGUAUCGAGGGAGUAUGUCCUUUGUGGAAAAAAUUGGCCCUAUCCAUCGGUCAUUUCUCAAGCCGAAUACUCGUCUUUGUCGACAAGCCGGUGGUGUACACGGAGCUGCGGACGCGGUUUACGGUAUCGAAAAAGUACUCGAUCGACGUCUACGUUGUUAGGAAAGGAUAUGAUGUGGACGAGGAUCUGGAGGAAAAGGCUCGGGUUCGAGGUGUGAUGCAAUUGUUGGUGCAGCACAUAAAGCGCUGUAGAGUUGUGGUAUUUGAUGUCCUGCACAACUCGUCUCUUCCGCACGUCUCCGACUUCGGGGACAGUGCAGCGAAGCUCCUCACUUUUAGGCUGCGAAGCAGACUUCCAGGAAUUGGACCCAAGGCUCAAGCAUCGUUUCCUGCCAAUUGUCGAAAUCUUCGUCCAUUUUACAGCAGGCCACUUCGAUACCUCGACAUGGAUGCAAACAUUUUUAUGGACGCGAUGAGUGUACCAGGGUGGUACAAAAGCUUCGAAUAUGUCUCUCGGAAAAAUUUGACGCUUAGGAACCUACCAUGCCUCGAAAAUAACUCAUAUGAUUUGCACAAAUUCCUCACCAUCCUCGAAACACUCGGACACUUCCAUUCACUCGUCCUGGAGAAUGUCGAAUUUAAUCCAUGGUAUCGCAUAAAAGGACUCAUUGUGACCAUAUUUGUACAGAACUUCGAGUUCAUAGGUCUCUCCAAAGAAUACGUUUCCGAGUUCCUAGACGCUAUUGACAAUAAAAUCGAGGAACCCAAUAUUACCUUGAUUCGAUGCGGGCUUGAAUGCCAAGAGGACUUCGGAUUUCGAGCCUGGUGCCUAACUCUCUGCAAUAUUGCUCCUGAAGAAGACCUUUACAAAUUUCUUUGCUGUUGGGAUGGGUUCAGUCUAAUUUUGAAAGAAUGUCCUGGGGUUAAUGACAAUAACGUCUUACGAGCCCUCAGCACGCAUUCAUGGGAGUCGAUGCACGCAAAGACACUUCGCCAGUUGCAAAUCACAACGUCGGGUCCAAUAUUGAUCACUAUGGAUGGUUUAAAGAGGAUGGUGAUUGAGAGGCAAGAAGAAGCCAGCAAAUUUUUUACAGAAGACCAUCCGAUGAAGAGUAUCCCCUUACCGAUGCACUCAAUUUACAUCUCCGGAAGCGGUCAUCCUUUAACACCUUCGGAUUUGUCGUGGUUCAGCGACAAUUUGGAUUUUUUUUAUUGGCAUGCAUCUCUGCCUCGCUCUGAUUCUCCAGUUCUUGACUGGGAUAUCUCUAACUUGAAUGACUUGGAGUUCCAGCCUUCUGCUUCUGGAGAUAUCGACCCGAGUUCAUCACCUUUGCCCCCCGUAUCACAAACUCCUUCGCUGGAUCCUCCUGCCGAUCACUCAUCCUCACCCCCGACAUCGCAACCUCUCCCCUCAAGUUCUCCCGUCAUUGAGGGAGAUUUUUGUUAUCUGGAUUGGCCCAAUACUCUCGAAUCUUCGCCACCUCCACGGUCAAAAACCCCUGAUCCUGAUUCUCCCAUCCUCGAUGACGAUCUCUCCAGGAUCGAUUGGUCUAAGGUCCCUGCCGACUUUGACCUCCCUCCACCUGAAAAACCACAACGCUGUUCUACUCCCGAUUCGCCUAUCAUGGACGGUGAUUUUUCUACGUUCGAUUGGUCCAUCGAACAAAUAAUCCUUCUUACUACCAUCGUCAUGAAGGUCGCGGUCUUUGGGACACAGAAGUAUGAUUUGGCUUCCUUGACAGAAGUGAGCAUACCUGAAGGAAAGGAGUUCUCCUUCACCUUCCUGGAUCCACUUUUGGAUGAAAAAACUGCUAUUUUGGCUGCUGGUCACGAUGCUAUCUGCAUCUUUGUCAACGAUAUCUGCGAUGCAAUCGUGAUCAAGAAACUCGCUGACAUUGGGGUGAAAUUUGUCGCACUACGUUGCGCUGGUUACAACAAUGUCGAUUUAAAAGCCGCUCAUAAGCAUGGUAUCAAGGUCGCGCGCGUGCCAGCAUACUCCCCCGAAGCAGUCGCAGAGUUUACAGUCGGAAUGAUCAUGACGGUUAUCCGCAAAUACCACAAAGCCUACAACCGCGUCCGAGAAGGGAACUUCCUUCUUGACGGUCUCCUAGGAUUCAAUAUUCAUGGAAAGACCGUUGGGUUGAUCGGCACAGGGAAGAUCGGGCUGUUAACAGGAAAGAUUCUGUCCAAGGGAUUCGGCGCAAAUGUCAUCGCCUACGAUCCUUAUCCUUCUCAGUUGGCUGAGGAAUACGGUAUAACCUACGUCGAGGCUUUGGAUGAGCUUCUCACCCGCUCUGAUAUAAUCAGCCUUCAUUGUCCUCUUAAUGAGAGCACGAAGUAUAUCAUCAACGACAGCAACCUUGCAAAGACCAAGAAGGGCGUGGUGUUGAUCAACACGUCUCGUGGGGGACUAAUAGAUACAUACGCUCUAAUCCGAGCUUUGAAGACAGAUCAUGUCUCCGCGGUCGGCUUAGACGUUUAUGAACGUGAAUCCAACUAUUUCUUUGCGGAUUCGAGUGCGAAGGUUAUCGCAGAUGAUAGUUUUGCUCGCCUGUUAUCAUUCUACAAUGUCUUUAUGACAGGCCACCAAGCUUUCUUAACGUCUGAAGCUUUACAAAACAUUGCAGAGACUACAGUCAAUAACCUACUCGAAUUGGAGGCAUCAGGAACAUGUAAAUUUGUGGUCGAAAAGUAG